CAACAGCAACAACAAAAAGCAUACAAGUGAAAGAAGGCACAAAAUACUGGUUUACACAAAAUAAAAAAAAGAUAAAGCAAAAGAAAGAAAGCAAAGAGAGAAAAAGUUGCUGCACGAGAAAUUUUGUACGUGUAUCGUCUCCCCAUUUCUAUCUCUGCAUGUGUGUGUGUGAAGUAAAGUGAAAAGCAAUGCUGCAAGGAAUUACAACAACAGUCGGUUUACAAUAAAUAUAUAACCGUAAACGGGAUUAAGGGCCACAACAAAGAGGAGAAACUAAAGCGAAAUAUUGAAAUAUCUCAAGACCUCCACCAUGGAACCCAACAGACAUCACGAAUAUCAGACACAUCAUCAGCCGCAUCCGUCGAUGCAGCACCACCCAACGCAUCCACAUCACCAGCAGCCGCAUCACCAGCAGCCGCAUCACCCACAGCAGCACCACCCACAGCAACCGAUCCACCAGCAUCACCCACCGCCAGCGCCUCCUCAGCAGCAGCAGCAGCAGCAACAACAGCCACCACCGCAGCAGAUGCACCAACAGCAGCAUCCACUUCACUAUCAGCAGCAGCUGCACCACCAUCCCACGAGCUCCACAACGGUGGGCAGUUCCUCCUCCUCCUCCGCCGCCAGCUAUGGCAAUCACCAUCCUCCGCCUCCGCAUCACACGGCAGCAUCCCUGGCCGAGGAUCAGCAGCGAUCCCGGCAGGCGAUGUACAUGAGCAGAAGUAGUCAGCCAGGUGCCUCUGCUCCCAGUGGCAGUGGCGAUCCCCAUAUGCAAUACUACACCUCGAACCAGAAUUUGGCGAUGAAGAAGGUGCCCGAUCCGCCGCAUCCCAGUUGGAGCUACAAGAGCCAAGCUGUUCCGGCUCCAGCUUCGGCGCCCGGACUACGACAGCAUGGGAAUCCUGGCCUCUAUGCAAGCGGUAGCACUGCCUAUUGGCCGCCACCAGAUGAGCAGAUGCAUCAUCAGCAGCCGUCCAGGUAUUCCUAUGCGAAACCAGGAGCACCAGUUACGGGAUCAUCGAGAGCUCCCAUUCAAGGACCCCCGCCAAACAGUCAGCGAUAUUAUAGCGAGGAUAUCAAGUACUCCACGGUGCCUGCCGCCUCCAAGGUGGUCAGCUAUGCACCACCAGCCAGCUCCUCGCAGCCGCAACCGCCACCCACCUCCAGUUCGUCAUCCGUCCGCCACUUUGAACUCGAACAUGUGGUCAAUCCAAGUAAUCCUAGUAACGAGCACCAGCAGCCGAGUCCUAAUUAUGGGAGGAAGUGUCCGCCGCACUAUGAGACUCCGCCGGAGCAGAGAAGUGCCGGAGCCACGCCCACAUCGUCCACAUCAACGCAUCACCAGAGCCUGUAUAUUCCCAUGCCCACAUUUAGUACGGAAAAGUUCCAAACGACCGUGCAUAAUGCGAUUGAGAAGUACGUGAGGGAAACACCGGGACCGAGUUUGGAGUAUCCCAGGGGAGGAGCAGCCAGUGGAGCAGCCUAUGGACGCACUGGUUACAGCUACAGCCAGCAGACUCCGGUGAAGAACACGAAAGCAGCUCCUCCGCAAACUGACACCUCGAGUUAUGUGAAAAUGGAAGCGGAACAUGCGCUAACUAGAUCUUCGUUAUAUCACAAUCCCUACAACGCAGAGAGCAGGGAAAGCAGGGAUUCCUCGCCAGCCAUGGCCACUGUUCCGGCGCCACAUGGAUAUCCAACAAAAUACGGAAAGCUGUUGCAGCAACAACAUGCCGGGGGAGUGGGAACAACGCCCUAUUCAAGUUACUACCAUCAGGGAACUCCCUCGCCAGCGGCGGGAGCAGUGGCUUCUCCGACACCUGGACCACCGCCUGCCGGAGCACCGGGAAUGGGAAUCAUGGCUACUGGAACGGCCAUAAGUGCCGCACAACCUGCUCCUCCUGCGCCUCUUAGCAACAACAACAGUCAGCAACCCGCCUCAUCCUCUAGCAACGCCAACUACUCCACGCUGCAGGUUUAUCCCCAUGGACCAGAUAUUUGCUAUCAGCCAGGGAGUCAAACCCCGAGUCAUGCCAAUCCCGCCAAGAAACCACCAACUGCAACCAAACCCAACUAUCGUGCUCUAAUCAAUGAUAUGCUGAAAAGAAAUACGGCUAGCGAGCAAGAACUUAAUCUGCAGAUCAUCAAGAAGACGCUUAAUAUGGAGCCGCCAGCGAGGAGUAAGGUUGCUGCACCCGCUCCCCUAGCAACUCCAUCUCAUCCUCCGCCUCCUGCGAUUCAUUCGCCACUGGAUUUAUCCAUGCGAACGGUCAAGCAGACGGCGGAUUCGACGGAGUACAAGUACCAGCGACCCAGCGCGGAUUACAAGCUACCAAGCGGUUUGGGAUUGCCUAGGUUCGACAUCACACCCAAUUUCUCAGCGGCUACCAGAGGAGCAGGAGGAGGAGCACCAACGAGUCCGGCGCCAACACCUGUGAUACGCCAGGCUCCUCCUCCUCCACCCGCAGCUCCAGUUCCUCCAAUUCCCACGGCUGCACCGGCGUUGGUGAUUAAAACCCUCCAGCAGAUGCGUCCCAGUGUGCUGGAAACCAAUCCGUUCGCCAAGCGACAGCAGCAGUUGCCGCCGGAGACGAGUAUUGUGCAGGUCAACAAGCCACCGGAACUAAUGCCCACUCCAUCGCCAAGUCCCCACAAUAGCAGCAAUCCGAACUAUUUAGGCAGAAAGCGGCAUUUGCAGGAAUACAAUCAGGCGGCGGCCAAGCAGGCGAGAUUGGAUGCGGAGUCCUCAGGAUCAGGAUCUACUCUACUUCCGGUAGCUGCUCCCACAUCCGUGGUGGUGGUGGCUCCAGUGCCUGUGAUUGCUGUCAAUGAACAGGCGCUGGCCGCCAAGCGGGAAAGGGAAAUGCAACCCGUAAGCACACCAGAAUCCUCCACUUCCUCCGGCAAUCCAGUACCCAAAAUGGAGCCCCGGAUACGCACGAAAGCGGAGCUCAAGGGCUUCACAUUUACGCCACCUGUGCUGGUCACCUCCACCACGAAUGCCACGAGCACAAUUUCACCGCCCAGGACGCCACCCAACCAGGUGACCAAUCACAUACAAAUCAAGCUGGAACCAGCGCCACCAAAGGCAGAGGAUUUGGGUCUCGAGGAGGAACUCAGUUUGGGCAACCUGAUGGACUGGGGCAGCACCUGCAAUAAUCUCGUCGAGCAGCUACUAAGCAAAGUACCUCCGUUACCUGUCAGCACUGGAAUCAAACUAGAGCUGAGUGAAGACGAUCUGCCCGUGGCUCGCAUUCUCAAGAGGCAACCUUUGGCGGCGGCAGUUUUACCCACUGGAGGAGAUGCCGAAUCGGCCACCACUCAAUUAACCACAACCACCAACGGAAUCUCGUCGUCUUUGGGCAAUGGCAGUGGCCAAAAGAAGCUCAGCAAAGUGGAGAGGGAGAAGAAGCGCCAGCAGCAGGAGCAACGAAUUGCAGCCCGUUUGGCGCCUAAACAAGGGCAAAGUAGCUCAUCGGAGAGCGACACCACGGAGCUGCACAAGCGGAACUCAGCGCGGCAGAAGAAACCGAUCAUGCGAAAGGGAAGAACCAGGCAGAGAUCUCCGGAUGCUGCGGCCAGUCUGCAGCAGAGCAGCGAUGAGGAGCAGGAGAAGGUUAAUCAGAGCAGUCAGACCUCCAGCGAGGAAAGUAAGGCGAAGGCACAGCAGUCUAUCUCUAAUAAAAAGGAAAAGGAAGUGAAAAAGGAGGUUAAGACUCUAGAUAACAAGGCAAACAAAACCAGCCAAAAUAAAGCCAAGGUUGAGGUUGAAAAUCAGGAGAGCAGCUCCUCGGAAAGUCCCGAAGAGGAAGAGGAGGACGAAGACGAGGAGGAUCAGGAGGAGGAGGAGGAGCCCGAGAAGCGAGUGGGCAGGCGUCCGGGAACCACGCUCAAGAAACGCAUUGCCCACAAGCUGAACACCAUGACCCGCUCCAAGCAUCGCAAGGAACUCGAACUCCAGUUGGCCAAUAGUAAAGUCCUUCGCAAUGACAAGAUUAUCAGGAACUCCACCACCAAAAUUAAGCGGAAGUAUGUCCGCAAAGUGGUGGACAGCAAAAAGGAGAUGAUGGUCACGCGUUUGAGAAAUAAACGCGGUUUAAACUCAGAUUUGGGACCACUAAAUGGUAGAAAUUCCAAGCUAAAAGGCAGCAAGGUGGUCAACAACAGUAAGCCAGCAAAGACAUCGCCGCAGCAACAAUUGUACCUGGAGGAGUAUCGCUACAAGUUGGCAUUGAAAAUUCCCCACCGCCUGAUCUCGAUAAAUAAGCUAAACAAGGUGGCUGCCUCGCUGCCCGACUUGGAGCGUCGUGAUCUCGGCCAGGAGCUGGCCUGCUUUAAGCGAAGCAGGCCCAAGACCAAAGCAGCUAGUAAACAGGACGCCACACCGAAAUCCAUCAUCGAUGUUCUUCACCUGAGGGUUACGAAUGGGAGUACAACUGCUGGAAGUCAAAGGAAAAUCUCCGUCUCCGCGCCCGCUUCCACCAAUCUUCAGAUUCACAGUGAAACCUCGCAAACGUCUGCCUCAACUUCACUGUACGAACUGCAACCGCAGCAGCAGCAGGAGACCACGGAAAACCCGUCCCUGGAUGAUCUCAGCAAGCGACACUUUAGCAUCUUCGAUACCAAAGUACUGCAGAGCAAAACCCGCACGGAGACCAAGUUGCAGAAGCAUCGGGAGAUCAUUCGUGAGAUUUUCGUCGGCCCAGAGCGUCCGGCAUCGGCGCCACCGGAAUGUGCACAAGAAGCGGAGUCGGCGGGGGAUGCCAUUAGUUACCAGAAGUACGAGGAGUUCCUGCAGCAAAUGAACAGCAUAGCCAGUGCGAAUGACAGCAAACUGGCCAGGAGAUCCCUCAUCACGGCUCCCCAGUGUCCGCACAAGCGAAAGUAUCGCUGCCGGAAGGGCAGCUCGGGGUUUGACUACAUACGAAAGAAGAAGCGACCAGCCGCAGCCCAAAAUCAAAAUCAUAAUAAUAAUCAGAGUCAGAAUCAGAGUAACAACCAAAAUCAGAGCCAAUCUUCCACACAACUAACGCAACAUCUAUUGGAACACAAUCAGAGUGCGGCGGAUGAGCGAUUGGAUGAUACGGACAGCACGAUUGCAGGUAGUUCCCAUCUGCCGUCGAAGGUGAAAACCGAGAUGGAUGUUUGCCGGGAGAUUCAGAAGUGGGUGCUCAACAAGGGAGUGGGUCAGAGCACCAUGCACAAAGCUGCUCGUCAGGGUCUAAUCGAUGUGGUGGUCUACUGCCUGGAUCAUCUCAAUAUGAACCCCGAUCAGAAAGAUAACGCCGGCUAUACUCCCCUGCACGAGGCCUGCACCCAGGGAUGGCUGGAGAUUGCCCGGAUUCUGCUGCAAUUCGGUGCGAAUCAUUCGGAGGCGGCUCAAUCGGGAAUAAGGCCAUUGCAUGGAGCCAUCGAAAAUGAUCACGAGGAGGUGGUGCGCCUGUUGCUCUCCUAUGGCGCCGAUCCGUUGCUGGCAACGUACUCAGGUCAAACCCCGCUAAUGUUAGCUUCAAGCAAGUUGAUGCGUGGCAUUCUGCGCGCUCAUCUCAGCGAUGCACAAAGUGCCGCCGCUGACAUCAAGCCAAUGCGAUUCCACGGGCCUUGGGAGAUAUUUGAUGCUAAGGAGUAUGGUUAUGAUAUAUUCGAUAGUGUACCGAAUACAGCUUGUGAUAUGAGCAGAGCUCUACGUAGAGAAAGGAAGGAGGCCAAGCAGCAGAGGAUGAGCAAGAGCAACAGCGCCAGUAACAGCAAUGGACUUUUAGCGACCAAAAAGGAGGUACUGGAGCCAGAGGAUUUGGACCAGGAGAGGGUGAAAACGAUCAAGCAGAAUGGGGAGACAAGUGCAACAAAGACUGGAUCAGCGACAACAACGAUGGUUAAAUUGGAACCAGGAACCGACGAGGAUAGCAAUAACAAUAAGAACAACGACGAGCUAAAUGCAAAUGUUGAAAAUAAUUUAGUAACAAGCGUUGUGAAUGUCAAGAAUGAAGUGAAAAAGGAGGAGGAUGCUGAAGCAGAAGCGGAAACGGAAACGGAUAGGAUUAGUAUGAGUAGGCUAGACGACGAUCAGACGGACAUCGAGACAAUGGAUAGUGAAUUGAAUGGUGAUAUUUUUGAAUUUGAAGAGGCCGAUGUGCCCUUACCACCACUGUACUUGCUCAAAGACGAGGGCAGUGAUAAAUGGGUACUACUCAACGAUUUGUGCAAUUUACUUAAAGUUAAAUCCAAGGAUACGUUGCUCAACAAGCUCUGUCCGAACAACAGCAAUGCGUUGGCCAGCAGCCAGAAGCACCUGCUCCGGGAGUUCAAGAUCGACGACUUCCUGGAGAGGGCCACCUGCCUGCAGCUGUUGUGCGCCGGCGAAAAACUGAACAUGUUCAGCUCCUCGAAGGUUGUGCUCAUCAAAUACAACGACAGUGUGCGGAACUUGUUGGGCGUUAAGACCAUUUUAAUGAAAUUUUAACCGAGAUAUACAUAGCGAUAGGACGAGGCAUGAUGAUCCAGAAAGAUACAACUUAGAUAAUGAUGAACAGAUGAACAGAUGAACCUAGUACUAACUGCAAAUAGAGUGUAAAGUGCAAACAAAUAUGGAAACACUAUUAGUACGAAUAUAAUUAUAGAUUUAUAUACUAUACAUAUAUGUAUAUUUUAGCUAGUAGCUAGUUUUUACUCACCCGUCUUUGUCUUUGGAAGAUAAAGUCUUUUUAAAGGAAAUUAAAUUAGAGCUAAUGCAAAGUGAUACAAAGGUGCUAUACACACUCAAAACGAAGAAUAAUG